CUAACAUGAGACAAAUAACAUGGGAGAGCCGCCAUGGAGUGUUAUCAUACACAUAUCAAGUUAUUACUGUUUCAGUGUUUUCUACCAAUUAUAUUGACGUCCAUCGACAAACCCCAACUCGUCAUCAACGGGGGCGCACAGGUGGAUCUUAUCCUCAUUAAAGUUCUACAGGCACGUGGGAAUGGAUCGUCUUUAUCCUUCACGGUAGAUUCAACUGUGUCUUACUUUGUUGUAGAAAUACAGAAUGUAAGUCUACACCAGAACUGUAUGGUAGAAGGACCGAAUGGUGACACUGUCCUCGCGUUGGGUGAUAAUGAAUCUGGUGGGGGAAAAAAGAGAAUUGCAGUAACAACACCAAGUGUAGGUGCGUGGUUGGUCAUGUGUUCAGAUGAGCAGACGUACACAGCAUUUGUGUGGGGACUUAGUGACGUCACUUUCCAAGUUCAUUUCUUGGACUUGUCCGACAAUCCGCUCAUUGGAGACCCUAUAGAAGAUACCAAUAUCACCCUAGGCAUUGAGGUUUCUGGGAUGGAAUCACUAGAAUUCAUUUCCAGUGUAGAGAUAAUUUACAACAAUGGUGUUACAGAUAUUUACAAUGUCUCCAAGCAAGGUUCCGGACGUCAUCAUAACUUCUAUGAGUUAGAAUUAACCGUACCGGACCAAGCCUUCCGUGUUGGUCUAACAGCCACAGACACGCGCAACAACACCGUCCAUAGACAGAGUCCUAUGUUAUUCCAACCGAAGGCAUUUACUGUGUCAAUUUCACAGAUUACAACAGACACCUCGCCGGGAAGCAAUGUCGUGUUUGUCUACAAUAUAUAUAACCACAGAGUCAGUAGCCAGACCUUUAGUACAGAAGUCAUACUUGAUACCUUACAGCCGGAUGAAUUCUCUAGCAACGCCACGGCAGGUGAUGAAAUCGAGGUUCCCUCUUAUACCAAACAAUACGGAGCAUUUGCCGUCAUGAUUUCUUCUAGUGCGUCUGUUGGGACCUCUUGCAAUGUAAUUCUAAGUGUGAAGAGAAUCAAGGGGAACGUGGAAUUGACAAAACUUUUAUUGAUUGUACAACCCAACAAUAUCCUAUCGACUCCAAAAUCAGAAUUGAUGACGUCACCUGAAACGAAUCCAAGAAAGAGUACCCUCACUCCCAGAACCACUUCACAGGAUAUUACGUCAUAUUCAAAUUCAACAGCGUGGGUUACCAACAGCAGCAUAGUAGAGAAAAAGUCCUCUAUUUCCAAAACGAUAACCCCUCCAUGGACUAUAUCCACAAUCAGUGAUUUGACUCUCGCCACCUCGCAGACCGACGUUUCUCCUCCAGCAUUCAACAAAGUGUCAUUCAUCGACAGAUGUUAUAUCAAAGUCAAAUGCACGGCAGGGGAAUGGGUGGUGCAUUUUGUAGUCCAAGAUAACGAAUCCGGGAUACACCGCGUGAUGGCGGAGGACACGACUCAUUCCAAUGUCCAUACAGAGAACUUCCCAGACGGUCUGGCCAAGGUGCCCGUCCAUGGGAACAUAAGUACCAGUUGCUGUCAGAACGAGGCUGUAUUGGUUGUGGAAGAUAUGAAGGGAAAUUGGGGUCGUUAUCACGUGACAUACGAACGUCAGAACUCAACCGGAAACGGAAACAACACCACUGAAGAUGUCACUAAACAUCAUCUGAGGGAACUGGCAGCCACUGUUGUUGGACUGUGUGCAGGAAUCCUUGCGUUUAUAAUUCUUCUCACAUUUAUCAUUCAGUUCAAAUCGAAGAUUGUUUCUGGUUUUUCUUCCAUAAAAUUCCCACGUCCUGAAAAGCAAAUCGAGAUGCGUGUUCCACACAGAGUGUCAGUAAAUAUCGAGGUCAUGGACGAGAACAAAUAGGGUGUGCCAUGUUAGAAGUGUGUGAGUAAAUGGAAGUGAUCUGCCUUGUUACAUAUUAGCUCAAACAGAAAAUCAUUAUACCUAUAUGAAGUGGGUUCGAUUUCUAAAAGAAUUCCACGAACCAAUGUCAAUGUAGAUGUGAUAUUUAUUUAUUUAUUUUCGAUCAUAUUAAUGUCUAUACUUGUAUCUGCCAUUGUGCUAUAUAAAUAAUUGUAUAGAUCCUGGAGUCAUCAAUCGAUUGACUUUGGAUUUAUUCUAUGCAGAAAUCGUGCAUUAUUUCAUAUUAAAAAUCAUUCAUU